AUGUCAAACGUGAGCGAGAAACUGGCGAAUCUAGAAAUCAGCCACAACACAACGAACACAAAACUGGCGAAUCUAGAAGUCAGCCACAACAUGACAAACACAAAAUUGUCAAACAUGGAAAUUGGGUUCCAACAGCAGUUUUCAAGUGUAAACACGCACUUUGAAAACAUACACAGACAUUUCGAUCAACGCUUAAAUAAACUCACCAAUGAAAUCGAUCAAAAGAUCGAAGACAAAGUCAUCAAAACCGUCAAUAGUGUAUACAAUGUAUUGGCAAAUGACUUAGAAAAGAAAUUGUCAGAUCUUACAAACAAACAGGAACAGGAACUGUCAGAAAUAGUAGAAACACACAAUCAAACACAAACCGUACAAACAGAAAUACAUGAAAACGUACAGGCUAUUCAAUUAAAUUUAACAAGAGUACAGUCCGCAUGUGAAGAAAUACCUGACCAAGUUAAUAAAGUUAACGAAGAAGUCGGUUUUCUGAAACAGGAGACUCGACGUAUCAACGCGGACAUUAUCAAAAUAAAUGAAACUUUAGAAAACGGUAAUGUAAAUGAAUCAAUAACUGACCGGGAAACAAAACUUUUUGAAAAAUUAGGUAAUGAAAUCAAAGUAGCCGAGGACAGAAUACGCAAGGAAAUUGCUGGUAGACUGAAUGUUUCAAAUGACUUGCCUACGUCAAGCAACAGGCAGCGCGACACUUAUUCGCCCGUGCCAGAUUACGAUGUCAAUAACGCAGAACAUCACGCGCCCAGUCCGGCGUAUGUGCACGCACCGGCACAGGCAAACAAUGGCUAUUCGCCAAACGCGAUGCUGCAACAGGCAGUGGAAGAGCCGAGCACAAGUAAUCGGAAUGAAUAUUCUGGAACCAAUCAAAACAACGGUAACGGAUCUCAUUUUAAUGGCAGUGGACAAAACCCACACAGUUGGCAUCCAUAUGCGACAAGGCCAAAUAAUGGAACCUGGAAUUACGGAAAUCGGAGGAAUUCGGCGCCACAGAGAUGUGAAGACCGAAGGUAUAGUACAGAUUACGGUCCACGCCGGUAUAGAAAUGAUAGAAAUCACGUGAAUGAUUGGUCAGGCCCGCGUGAUGAAAGGCGGCACACAAAUGAAAAUUACAAUAGUUACAGUAAUAGGAAUGACAGACCAAGGAGGAAUAGCGACGGCCGGUCGCAAGAAAAUGUUGCACGCAGCGGUCCGGAAACUAAUUGGCGACAGAAUAACCACUCAGUACACUUUGUAGAGGUAACGGACAGUACUGAAGCAACGCCGUUGUCUCCCCCGGUAAACAACAAUCGGUCGUAA